AUGGCUGAAUAUGUUUAUGGAGAAACAGUUUUGCCAGUCAUCAUUUCACUUAGAAAAGGAGCAUUCAGGGAAACAGUGAUGCGCAGUGCUGCAGAAUCUAAAAUACCUAUAAUUCGAUUUAAGAAACACACAUUUGAUGUGACUGUUUUGACACCUGUGAAGUAUACUAACAAUGAGAGGUCAGUAAAGAUGACAGAACAUAUCACAAAUGUUAAGAACCCAUGGAGUGUCCAGAAAUCGAAAUCAAAGAUUUAUAAUUUAGGACGUUAUGAUGAUGAGGAUGAUCCAGACGAAAUAGCAUUCAUCUCAGAGGGUCCAUCUGACUACAAAGAUAACUUAGAUGCUAUUAUAUGCUGUUUGAUAAUCGGAGUGUCGAUGGAAAGCAAGUCUCAGGAAAAAAGAAUUUAUGGGGAAAACACUAAUAUGUAUCCGAAUGCAUUAUCAAUGUACCUUCUAAAGGAAGGCAAAUGGAAGAUUCCAAAAGAACAUAUUACGAAAUCAUUUAACGAACGAUCCAUCGAGUACAUUUACGAGAAGGAUUUGGCUGAUGACUUUGAACAUGGAUUGUGGUCAGAACUGCAGAAUGACACAAAUAUGGCCUUCAGAUCUCCGAUAUUGACCGAACUUGGUGAAAAGAGAGAACGUUCCAGAUUUGUUAAUAGUUCUGGCAGUGAUAGUGAUUCCGAUGAUGAUAGUGAUGUUGAAGUUAUUGCAUUUGAUGAAACCGAUAGCCAUAUGGACAAGCCAGAAGGAAGAACAAAUGCAAAAGAACUGAAGGUGUCAAUAUCUGAAUUGUAUGGGCUUAUAUUUUUGGCCCUUUUACAAAAACAGUAUUGGAAUGGAGCAAAACAGUUAAUAGAAACUGGAUGCAUUCGAAUCCAUCAUAUUCUUGUUGGAUGUGUUAUAUUAGAAAACACUGCGAACAGCUGGCAAACUCCUCCUCUAGUGCAAGACAGGCUUAGAAGAUUGAAUAAGGCCUUCACGCAGAGAGCCUCUCGUAUUUUAAAGUCUAUAUAUGAGACUGACAAGAAAACUGAAAACGAUAAACAGAAACGGAAUAAACUUACUGGAAAAGAGGUGGAGUCAAAUAGUAAGGAGGAAAUGGAAUUGGGUGAAAAUAUCAACCAUGCUGGCAGACUGUUGUUAAAUCAUGGGUACAUAGAAGAUGCUAUAAAGACACAGAACAAAACUUUUCUGGACAACAAAGAAGUGAGGAAUAUUAUAAACAAAAUGUGGUAUGGAUUAGAACACAGAGAUCUUAAAACGUUCAGUUAG